GUUGGGUAUGUAUUUUUUUUUUUGCUGGAUUCUGAUCCUCCAUCUUGGCAGCUCCCCAGGUUCAAUUUGUUUUCACUGAAACACUUGGCUUUCUAUGUGUGCUUCUCUCCUUUGACCGGCACAAGAUGCUCACGGAUCAGCCCCACUGUCUGUCUAUCCCAGUCUGCAGUGGGAUGGCUGCAACUGCUUCCCUCUGCUGGCUGCUGCUCCGGACAGACAGACAGAUGUGUCUGUACAUCUGCACCCAUGUGCUGUCCAAUGCGCUGCAUCCACAGCAGCCAGCCCUGAUGGCAGCCUGGGGGCUGCAGUGCUGGGGAUUAGGGGUGGGGUAUCCAACACCACCCCCAGAGAGAUGUCCUGGGAUGGUGGGGACAGAGCUGCAGCAUCGAGCUCUGUUGGCUCAGCAGAAUGAGACCCUUCUCUUGGUCCGUCACCAGAGGAUGGAGGGGAGGUGGCAGGCUCUGCUGGAGCUCAUGGCUGUGGGAAAGUGAUCUUCCCAUGUUGGCUGGAGGUGGUGACGCAUUGAGAAGUGGAGGCAGCCCCAGCUGUCAAGGAAAGAGAGCGUGGGUUUGGUGGCCCAACAGUGUCACUGACAUCCCCACCUGCUGGUACAGAGCUGGGAGGGACAGCCCCAAACUGCUCCUGGGGUACCCCAUCCCUGAGCGUGUGCUCCUUGCAGGGACCCACCUGCUCUGCUCCUCCCAGAGCCCCACAGGGUCCGAGCUGACCCCCAUCUGUGCCCGACAUCCCAAACUGGGACUACUGGGAUAACUGGGAGCAGUGCCAGCGUGGUGAUGUUGGCCUCGGGGAGCACGAACCAGUUCCUGACUGCACAACGGGCCCUGCCCUGUUAAUGAGGGAUAAUGAGCUGCCUCUCCUGGCGCUGCAGACUUACCCCCUGGCCAUGCUGGCUGCCAGCACUGCCCCCAGCAGGCAUCAGCCCCAGACGGUGACCCCGCUGCAGCUCCGUGGGGUUUUAUCCCCCUUUUUUUGGACUUUUUAGUUUUACUUUGCUGAGCAAAAUAUUUGCUCUGCACACUCAGCACCUCUGGGUCCAUCCAUGCACUCGGGAUCUUGGGAUGCUGCGACUGUCACUCCGUUCAGCAGCCCAUGGCCAGCUCUGUGCCCCCAGAUGUCCCCACAGGCACAGCACAGCAGGGCCAGCUCCUGCCAGGGGCUGGCAUGGGAACAGACAGAGCUGUCGUGGUUGGGAACAAGACAGGCUGGAAAGGCGCCGGUGUUUUGCUGCUGGGGAGGGAGGACUCCGGCGGGACCGAGCUGCGCUGCACAGCCCCAUCCCUGCUCAGUGCAGCCACAUGAAGCUGGAGAUGCUGCAUCCACUGUGGGACAGGAUGGGGACACCAAGUCAUUCUCUUCUGGGGGAGGAGGUGGAUUCGGGGGGACAGGAGCUCUGUGCUGGGUGUGGAGGGAUUGGAGCAGCUCCCUUGGGUGCAGGGUUGGUGGGUGUACAGCUGCCUCAUGGUGGUGGCAUGGAGAUUCCCAUCUAUGGAUGUUUUCCUGCCAGGCUCCCUCCUUGCAGUCCCUGCAUGGUUGGUGCUGCACCUACAGCACUGUGUCCAGGCAGCACUGCAUCCUGUAACCCCAAGUUUAAGACUCAUAGACCUCUUCUAUGGCUGAUACUGCACCUCACAACCCUCUAUCCUGGCUGCUUCUGAACCCUAUAGCCCCCUAGCCCAGAUAGCCCUGCACCCACAGCCUUCUGUCCUUUUUGGUACUGCUCCCCAGAAUCCCACUGCACCCCACAGCCCCUUCCUGGCUAGAAAUGCCCCCAACCCUCACCGUGCCCCAGCUGGCACUGCACCCCAUAGCUCAACAUGCAGAUGCCAUUGCCCUCCAUAGCCUUGCUACCAUCCAUUGCUGCACCCACAGCCCCCUGCAACUCCCCAGUCCCAUAGGACUGCAGCUCUAUGCCUUGUCCUCUCCCUGCUGUGUCUUCACCCACACUGUGCCCUGGGCUGUUUGCAUGGGGCUCCAGCACUGCACCCACCUGCAGGCAACCCUGAAAGCACCGUGCAGGUGGGUGCAGUGGGGCUGCAUAGGGCUUCGCCUGGGCGUGAAGGGUGCUGCAGAGCAGGAGGGGCCAGGCGAGGCGGGGAAGGAAUGCAAGUGGGAGAGCGGCUGGGCAUGUAGCAACAGAUCCUGGGGAGCGCGGAGCUGGGGAUCCCACACGCUGCAUGGGGCAGGACACGGAGCUGCAGCCAUAGGGACGGUGACAUGGGGCAUCCCAGCGCUGCCACCCCACUGUGAGAGCUGCUGGGGGCUGAUCUGGGGUCAUUGAGCUGCAGGGGUGGAAAUCCACAGCGGGGGAUGCGCGGCUGCAGGAGCUGAGGAGCAGCCAUGACCCCAGAGAAGGUGCUGCGGGAGGGACUGCUGGAGAAGCGCAGUGGAGGGUUGCUGCAGCUCUGGAAGAAGAAGAGGUGCCUGCUGACUGAGAAGGGGCUGCAGCUCUUUGAGCCCAAGGGCUCGCGACGAAAGGAGCUGAGCUUCGCCCGCAUGAAGGCGGUGGAGUGCGUGGAGUGGAAGGAGAGGCACAUCUACUUCACCGUGGUGAUGGACGACAGCCAUGAGAUCGACUUCCGCUGCGCGCAGGAGGACCCGGGAUGGAAUGCUGCCAUCACCAUGGGCCUGGUCCGCUUCAAGAACCAGCAGGCCAUCCAGGUGGUGCGGGCACGGCACAGCUGCAGAGCAGUGGUGCAGUACGACGCAGCUGCAGUGGGACAGCGCAUGGCUGCACAACGUCCGCGGAGCAGGAUGGAGACAGCGCUCAGCUCAGUGGGAGGAGGGGAGAAUAGGAUCCCAGCUGGAAACUGAACCUUUUUGGGGCUCCCCAGGAAGGCCAGUGCAGGCACCGGCCCCCGUGCCAUAGGACAGGACAGUGAGGCACCAGGGCAUGGCUGCAGGACUCCAGCUGCACCCACUUGGACUGAUGGGGCAAAGGACACAGCCAAAGCCACCACCAGGGGCUCCCAAAGGUGAUGGAUGUGGCCAGGACCAUGGCGGACUGAUGGAGACCCCUGGACCUCCCCUGCAGGACAGGGGAUGGGAUGGGUGAGGCUGACUCGAAGGAAGCAGCACGGCGAUGAGCUAUGGGAUAUCGGAUGUGGAUGGGGGCACAAACCUCCCUGAGACCCCACAUGGUGGAAGGACUGGAGAGGAGACCCCUUGGUCACCGUGCAGUGACACGACUGCGCUGCAGGACGCUGCUCUGGGGAUGGCAAUGUGACAGUGUGGCCCCUAAAUCCUUGUACUGACUGUACUCCCAACAGGUCCUACUGCUGCUUUGUUCUUGUUGCUUUGUUUUGCGGGACUACACAGUAUAUGGGAGAACACUAACACUGCACAGUGUUGUACAUUGACAUCCCCUUAAAUCUGCCAAUAUCUCAUGCCAGGCUCCUGUGCCCCCAA